AUGGACCUCAUCGACGCCAGCAACGCCCCUGUUCCCAUCACCGUGGACCCCAUCACUGGCAACACCAUAUCCGCCAACGACACCGGAAACACGAUGGAGGACACCCAGAUGGCCGACCCCGAAGACCACACCAACGCGGCGAAUGACGAAGCCGAGGACUACUUCAUCGACAACAGCCCCACCUUCCACGACUUCGCCACCCUUCCUCCAGACACCAAGGCCACAAUCACCCGCCUCCUGGCGUCCGCUGGUGCCGCUUGGGAGUUCCGCUCCAUGGCCACCCCAUUCCCAGUCCAGUACCUCCCCGAUCCAGACUGCCACAACUGGGGUCUAGCGCUCAUCUCCGCGCUUAGCCGUCUGGCGGAUAUGACGCGCACUGGUUUCAAGUUGGAGGCCAUCGCGUUCGUCAUCAAGCACAUGAAAGAGCGGAAUGAGGUUCCUGGUAAUACCGAGGAUGAGAGGUCAAUAGCUACCGGCCUGCUCCACAAGGUCAAGGCCGAGGUCAUGGACGUGGCGGCUACCGAGGUCAUCGAGGUCGUGGUCGAGGUCGUGGUGGUGGAGCGAGGGGACGAGGAGGUAUGA